AUGAAGCGAACUACUUCCCCGUGUUUCCUGGGCUUCCUGCUCCUGGCGUCCGGCUGGUUCCGGUGCGGCUCCUCUCAGUCAGUGUGUCCUGGGACGGAGAACAAGCUGAGCACGCUGUCGGACCUGGAGCAGCAGUACCGCACCCUGAGGAAGUACUACGAGAACUGCGAGGUGGUGAUGGGCAACCUGGAGAUCACCAGCAUCGACCGCAGCCGAGACCUGACCUUCCUCAGAUCCAUCCGGGAGGUGACGGGUUAUGUGCUGGUGGCUCUGAACCAGUUCGACUACCUGCCGUUGGAGAACCUCAGGAUCAUCAGAGGGACUAAGCUGUAUGAGGACCGCUACGCCCUCGCUAUCUUCCUCAACUACCGACGCGAUGGAAACUUCGGCCUGCGCCAGUUGGGCCUCAAAAAUCUCACAGAGAUCCUGAAUGGAGGAGUGUAUGUGGACAAAAACAAGUUCCUGUGCCACGCAGACACAAUCCACUGGCAGGACAUUGUCAAAAACCCUCGACUCAACCCCGUGGUGGUGCCCACCAACAGCAGCGUCACAUGUCAGAAAUGCCACCGCUCUUGUAAUGGAUGCUGCUGGGGCCCCAAGGAUAAUCAGUGCCAGAGCUUAACUAAGACUGUGUGUGUCGAGCAGUGUGAUGGCCGUUGUUUUGGACCUUACGUCGGUGACUGCUGCCACCGUGAGUGUGCAGGUGGCUGCUUUGGGCCCAAGGACACCGACUGUUUUGCCUGUACCAGCUUUAAUGACAGCGGGGCAUGUGUGACCCAGUGCCCCCAACCGUUUGUCUACAACCCCACGACCUUCCAGCUGGAGCACAACCCAAGGGCCAAGUACACCUAUGGAGCUUUCUGUGUGAAGAAGUGUCCACACAACUUUGUGGUGGACCACAGCUCCUGUGUGAGGGCCUGCCCCAGUAACAAAAUGGAGGUGGAGGAGAAGCGCAUCAAAAUGUGCAUUCCUUGCACUGACAUCUGUCCUAAAGCCUGUGACGGCAUCGGCACAGCUAGCUUGCAGACAGCCCAGACGGUAGACUCCAGCAACAUUGACAAGUUUGUCAACUGCACCAAGAUCAACGGCAACCUGGUCUUCCUCAUCACUGGAAUCAAAGGGGACGCCUAUCACAACAUUGAAGCCUUGGAUCCGGAAAAGCUCAGCGUGUUCCGCACCGUGAGGGAGAUCACAGGUUUCUUAAACAUCCAGUCUUGGCCUGAAAACGUGACAGACUUGAGUGUUUUUUCCAACCUGGCUACCAUCGGAGGAAGAGCCCUUUACAGUGGGAUCUCCCUGCUGGUGCUGAAGCAGCAGGGCAUCUCGUCGCUUCAGCUGCAGUCGCUGAGUGAGAUCAGCGCAGGGGACGUGCACAUUGCUGACAACAGGCAGCUCUGCUACUACAGCACAGUCAACUGGACCAGCCUUUUCCGCGCUCCCAACCAGAAGGUCUUCAUUCGCAACAACCGCAGCCCGCAGGAGUGCUCCAUGGAGAAUAUGGUCUGUGACCUGCUGUGUUCAGAUGCUGGGUGCUGGGGUCCAGGCCCAGACCAGUGCCUGUCCUGCCGCUACUUCAGCCGUGGACGAACCUGUGUGGACGCCUGCAACCUUUAUGAAGGGGACGUUCGGGAGUAUGCCAACGGCUCAGUGUGUGUGGAGUGUGACGCCCAGUGUGAGCGAGCUGACGAUAACUCUCUGACCUGCCAUGGCCCGGGUCCAGACCACUGUGUGAGGUGUCUUCAUUUUAAGGAUGGCCCAAACUGUGUGGAGAAGUGUCCAGAUGGCCUUCAGGGUGCCAACAGCUUCAUCUUCAAGUAUGCCGAAGCCAACAACGAGUGUCACCCUUGCCACGCCAAUUGCACUCAGGGGUGCACCGGACCAAGACGGCGAGACUGCAUUGGCUGGAUGGACAGGACCCCCUUGAUAGCAGCGGGGGUGAUCGGGGGUCUGUUUGUGGUGGUGAUCGUGGCGCUGAGCGUCGCCGUGUCGAUACGCAGGAAGAGCAUCAAGAAGAAGAGAGCCCUCCGACGCUUCCUGGAGACCGAGCUGGUGGAGCCCCUCACGCCCAGCGGCACGGCUCCGAACCAGGCCCAGCUCCGCAUCCUGAAGGAGACCGAACUCAAAAGAGUCAAGAUCCUCGGCUCGGGGGCCUUCGGAACGGUCUACAAGGGAAUGUGGGUCCCGGAGGGGGAGACGGUGAAGAUUCCCGUUGCUGUUAAGAUCCUGAAUGAAGCCACUGGACCCAAAGCUAACGUGGAGUUCAUGGAUGAGGCCCUGAUAAUGGCCAGCAUGGAUCACCCCCACCUGGUUCGUCUGCUGGGGGUCUGCCUGAGCCCCACCAUCCAGCUGGUCACCCAGCUCAUGCCCCACGGGUGCCUGCUGGACUACGUUCACGAGCACAAGGACAACAUCGGCUCGCAGCUGCUGCUCAACUGGUGUGUCCAGAUCGCCAAGGGGAUGAUGUACCUAGAGGAGCGCAGGCUAGUCCACCGGGAUCUAGCAGCUCGGAACGUUCUGGUGAAAUCUCCCAACCACAUCAAAAUCACUGACUUCGGCCUGGCUCGCCUGCUGGAUGUCCACGAGAAGGAGUACAAUGCAGACGGGGGAAAGAUGCCCAUCAAAUGGAUGGCCCUGGAGUGCAUCCACUACAGGAAGUUUACUCAUCAAAGUGACGUGUGGAGCUACGGGGUGACUAUCUGGGAGUUGAUGACCUUCGGGGGGAAGCCGUAUGACGGGAUCCCCACGAGAGACAUCCCGGACCUGCUGGAGAAAGGGGAACGUCUGCCCCAGCCUCCAAUCUGCACCAUUGAUGUCUACAUGGUUAUGGUCAAAUGUUGGAUGAUUGAUGCUGACAGCCGCCCCAAGUUUAAAGAGCUAGCUGCGGAGUUCUGUCGAAUGGCUCGUGAUCCCCAGCGGUACUUGGUCAUUCAGGGCGACGACCGCAUGAAGCUUCCCAGUCCCAAUGACAGCAAGUUCUUCCAUAGUCUCCUGGACGAGGAAGAACUAGAGGACUUGUUGGACGCUGAGGAGUAUCUAGUGCCCCACACCUUCAAUAUUCCACCAAUGGUUUACACGCCCCACACACGCACGGAUGCCUCUAGGAACCAGUUUGUGUACCAGGACGCUAGUUUCAGCAUGGAGGACAUGCUGGCCACCCUCCCCAGGGUGGUCUCCGUAUCGGCCGUGGCAGCAGGCUGCUUGUCGCCCCAGGACCCGGCCACUGGGGGGCAGAGCGGUGGUAGCAGCAGCAGCCAGGAGGACUCGCGUUGUAACGGGACCCUGAGGAAACAGGCCUCUCCGCGGCCAGCCGUCCACGGGGGCCCUGCUCCAGGAAAAGGUGGCGGGGAGGACAUUAGUGGACAGCGGUACAGUGCAGACCCCACCAGCAUUUUGGGAGAGCGAGGAACAAAAGGAGAUCAGGACCAGACUGGAUACAUUACUGCCAUGAGAGAGAAGAACCACACAGACUAUCCUAACCCGGUAGAAGAAAACCCCUUUGUCACACGCCGCAGGAAUGGCGACGCCCACACUGUGAUUGACGGAGCAGGCUACCACCCUUCCCAUAUGGGUGGGGCAACUGCUGCCACCAACAGCCAGCCAUGCAGGGCAGAAGAUGAAUACAUCAAUGAGCCCCUCUACCUCAACACCUUCCACAACGCUGAGAAGAAUGGCUUGGCUGGGGCGGUCUCCAUGCCCGGGCCCUCCUCCGCUCAGUCAGCAUCGCAGACAGUUAACCCAUCAACAUCAAGCCACAACUUCACUUCUUCUGGGUAUGUGGUGCCCCCUGGCCACCCUGUGCACCCCUCAUACCCAUCGCACACCCUGCAUUCCGGGCACUCAGGGCACACCCUUCACUCGGGCAUCUCCGGGGGCACGAUUAUGGUGGAUAAGAAAGGCAAGAAAGCCACAUUUGACAAUCCUGAAUAUUGGCAGCACAGUCUACCCCCUAAGGCCUCCCUGCGCAACCCCGAGUACCUGCAGGACUGCAGCACGCGCUUCUUCUACCGGCAGAAUGGACGUAUUCGACCUGCCGUCACCGAAAACCAGGAGUACCUGUCCGAGUUGGCUCUGAAACCUGGCAACGUGCUGCCCCCCCCUCCGUACAGACAGAGGAACACUGUGGUGUAG